GUGCAUUAUCGGGGAACGCGGUUAUUUUUCAAACGCCAGACGUUCUCACCAUCUCUUACAUCAAAAAUAAUCCAAAUUUCUAUGACUAUUGUGACCAACAAUUGGAAGAUGUGGUAGGAAUAGAUGAAUAUCAUUCAUUUACGGCUUGUAAAGGAUUAAGUGAUUCGGCAAAUAAUGAUCCACCCACCAAUUUUUCAAACAUGAACGGCAUAG